AUGUCAGGAGACAGUCACAACCGCGGUCAGAAGCGCAAGCUUGACCAACAAGAAGGAAGAGAAUUGCUCGGCAUGGGCGCCACUCUGUCACGACUCAAUGGCGACAGCGACGCCGACUCGACAAGCCAACCCACACAAGCUGCUAGCGACGAUGGCGGAGAGUGGACUACAGUCGAUCGCAGUUCCAAGCGCCAUAAGAAGAGCAUACACCAAAACUACCCGCAGAUCACUCAUGCCCCGAACGCUCGUCUCCAAUCCUUCGUCAAAAUCUCCGACUUGCAAAACCUCGUCCUCUAUCUCCUUGCCGACGGCAGCGGCCCUCAAUGGAUCAGCGUAAAGCACAAGAAGGACAUUGAGCGUGUCGUGUGCCUGAUGGUGCCUGGACUCGAGGCAGACAUGUUUAACGCCAACAUCAGCCUGGAUCCCACUCAAGACACGCCCGCCAAAGCCACCACUCAACACCCAGAGUCCAACGUAGAAGACACACCUCCAUCCAAGAAGCUGAAGAUCACAAUCUCGCCCGACGACUAUUACCCGGUCAAACUCGUCUCGCCGAAACUCCCUGCCCCGUUACAGCCUUUCGCCGAGAUGUUCCCUCACAUCUGGCCCGUCAAGACUCCCGGAGAGUUCAACCGUAUGCACUCUCCGCUACAAGCUUUGUUGACAUCACCUCUACCCAAGUCAAAAGACGAGAAGAAGAUCAAGGGUCCCAAGCCCCCAAGAGAAGGCGCAAGAUGGCAGAACCAGAGAACUCCUAUCACCGAGUUUUUGGCAACAAGAGAAGAGCUGUUGGACAAUGGAUACGCCAUUCACCCUGCAUAUCUGCGAUCAGAUGCCGAGCGUGCAGCUGAAAAGGCAAGGCGUCACAAGCACUGCCAGUCAGAAGAGGAUGGCUGGAUCAAUCUCCCCGACAUCUCGUCACUUGACGAAGGCAUUGUGCCAUCAGAGGAAAUCGAGCAGGGCAGCAUUCUACAGGGCCGCAAUGUCUUGACUGUCGACUGUGAAAUGAUUUCCACAUCAGAAGAGAGAUUUGCUCUUGCUCGUGUAUCGUUCAUAGACUGGGACGGCAACAUCGUGCUUGAUGAGCUCGUCAAGCCUCCAGGCACCGUGACAGAUUACCUAACACAGUACUCGGGCAUUACCAAGGAGAUGAUGGAGCCAGUCACACAGACUCUUGCCGAACUACAAGCAAAACUGAAGGGCGUUCUCACAUCUCGCACCAUUCUGCUAGGCCACUCUCUCGACUCUGAUCUCCGCGCUCUUCGCAUGUCCUUCCCAUUCAUCGUCGACACCACUCUCAUAUACCCUCAUCCCAAAGGUCCUCCUCAGAAAUCGUCUCUCAAAUGGCUUACUCAGAAAUAUCUUUCCCGCGAAAUCCAGAACCGUGGUCCUCAGGGUCACGAUAGUGUUGAGGACGCAAAAGCAUGUCUCGACCUUGUCAAGCAAAAAUGUGAGAAAGGAAAGACAUGGGGUACCUCUGAAGCUACCAGCGAGAGUAUCUUCAAACGUCUCGGCCGUGUUGGUGUGGAAGACGACAAAGACGAAGGCGGCAUGUUGUCUGAAGAGAAAGAGNGGCAGGCAAAGACUGGCCGCACAGGUGCUGUUGUCGACUGGGGUGACCCGAAGCGCGGGUUCGGUGCCGCCGCCACUUGCACAGUAUCUUGCGAGAGUGACGCAGAUGUAGUUGCCGGUGUCCAGCGCGUUCUCUCCGGCCCUCAGACUACUGAAGAAGCCAAUACCCCCGGCCAGCACAUUCCCAUCGGUGGCUGCGAUUUUGUCUGGGCACGUCUCCGCGAGCUCGAAGCUCUGCGUGGCUGGUGGACCCGCACCACCUCUGCCGAUGCAGCCGCCCGUCUCGCCAAUACCCUAGCCGACAAUAAUGCCUCUGAAGGACAAGGAAUCACCACCUCUGCUCUCGCCGAUGCAGUGACUAGAACCACCGCAUCGGUCAAAGCCAUCUAUGACUCCCUACCACCAAAGACUGCCUUCAUCAUCUACUCCGGCGGUGGCGAUCCCACAGAGAUGCGCCGCUUGCAAUCCAUGCAGCAGCAAUACAAACGCGAUUUCCAGACCAUGAAGUGGGAUGAGUUGCCCAUCAAGUGGACGGAUGUCGAAGAGCAAGAGCUCAAGAAGGCCGCCAUGAAGGCUAGAUCUGGUGUCGGCUUUGUGGUGUGCAAGUAA